UUGGUUGGUUUUAUGUUUAGCGCAGUUUAUAGAAUGGCCGUAGGGAGUGCUGCGGGGCCGCGCCUUAGGUAAUUCGGUUAAUCGGGGCUGCCAUUUUGUUCCGGUUUUGCUGGCUGCUGUAUUGGCAUGUUACGGUAAAUUGCCAAAUAUGGACUCUGAAACAUUUUCUGAGGAGAAUCUGAUGUCAUCCGAAGCAGAUCCAGACUUGGGUUUCAUUGACACAGGCGUAAAUUUCCUGUCAUCAAAUGGCUGGUUCAUAUCACUUGGGAUCCUUAUUCUCUACGUGAUCUACACUAAGUAUGGUUCGCAUUUUGAACGGCUGAGACAGCAACAACCACAGCAACGGCAAUAUCAUGACCCUUCAGUUGUGGUCCAGCGGCAGGUAGAAAUGGACGCAGCGCGGCGCCGAAUGCAAGCACAGCAGGAUGCCCUUGCAGAGCAGCAUAAAGCGAAGCAAAAGGAGCUGGAAGAGCAGAAGCGGCAAGAGAAGAUCAGCAACUGGGAGCAGCUGCAGCAAGGCCUCGGGUCCAAGCUGGGCACCUCUCGCCAGGAAGAGCCCGUGCCCACGAGCAACUUGACCAGGAGGCCCAAGGGAAGCCAGAGCAGCAGCAGCAGCGAGAGACUCAGGGGUGGGGACUAUAACCCUCUGAUGGGCUCCUCGGGCGGUUCCUCGUACAGGCCAGAGAGGAGGGGCACCAGCCAGGGCGGAUGAGGCUAGAGCACGAGGUUUGCUUUUCCCAACGGCGGCCUCGGCACUAGGAGUCUCACACUCGGGGAUGAUCCUUCACCCAACUUUGCAUUCGGUCACCGAGGAAAAAAAAAGACAUCCGUUUAUGCAUUACUUCAAUCGAUGGCAGUAUUGUAAAAGCUAUCAGCCAUUGUAGCGACUAGAACAGAAUGCUGCGGCGGCAGGUUUGCUCGCCAGCCCUCUUGAGCGGAUCGGAAAUUCACGGCGCUUGGCGGUCUAAAAACAAAGCCGUGGGAUUAGAUAAAAAAGAAAACAUGCGAUGAAAAUCAGUAAUAGAUGCACAUACUUGUGCAUUGACUUGUUUGCUGAACAAGUAGUACAAGUGGAGCACCCUGGGAAACUUAACUCAUUCACUUGCACCUGUAUGCUUCCAAAACAAUGUUCUCUCUGGAACAAGAAAAGUAAUUCUGCUACAUAGUUAAAUUUUAUGGCAGGGCGUUACUACAAUCACGGUAGCACAUGGGAUUUUGUGAUGUUUCGUUUUGCCAAAGUACUACCGUAUAUCGAAGUAUCAUGCUAAGAGGAGGUAGUAUGUGUUGCAGUUCUUUCUGUUUGCAGUUUGCAUUGUACUAAAGUUUUUUCUUCGGGGUAAAGAAGUUCCCUCGUGUUGAGAGAUCCUUGGCUGCGGCUGCUAAAAGCAAACCUCAAAGAAAACAAAGCUGGAAUAACUUGCUGUUAAAGUUUGGCGACUGCAGGCUUUCAUGCUUUGCAAUUGUUGAAACAGUGUGCACCCGCUGCUGGUGCUGGGGUCGCGAGGUAUUGACAGCGACAUGAAAUUGGAGCUGGAACUGGAUUCUUUCCAAUGGCUCUGGUGGAGAACGGUUAUUCCAGUUUCGUAUUGUGUACAGCAUUGUAGAUCGGAGGGUGCAAAAGUGCAAUCCGAAUAAAUCUUUAUGCCACAUUUAUUGUGAUGGCUUCGAUACAUA